UUUCAAACACUGUUCAAACAUUUCAAGCGGCUUGCUAAUAGAGUCAAGAGUAUUAGUUUGUCCUCUCUACAAAGGCAGGCUCUGAUGAUGACUCGCCCACUGAAGUGUAAUGAGUCAGUUUUAGAAAACUCCACUCAGACUGAAUGUGAAACAUCUUUUUAACUGGGAAUACAUUUGUGAAAGCAAUGCAAGGCUGGAUUCCACCCAGUUCAUUAACAUGAUCUUUUUUUUUUUGUUCGGAACUGAUCAUACCACUAAAAGAACAACUGCAGUGGUUAUAUUGCUACUAUUACAGUUUAAGCAUCAUCAAUACAAAGACUCAACGGAAGAAUAUGAAAUGUGUCUUGCUUCCCUUUGCAUUUUAAGAUAUUAUCAGAGUAAACGGGGAUCUAAAAAAUAUGAUGUGGCACAUACAGUAUAUUUUGUUUGAAAAAUAUCCUUUACUCUCCAUUUCACAAUUAUCCACAAAGAAAGCCUUUGGGCAUAGAAAYGGCCAAGAAUUUGGUCUUAAUUGAAAGAAGUCAGAAGAAAGUCAUUGUUUACAAAAAAAAUCCUUAAGAAUUCCCAUUUGCCACAACCACAAUACAUGGUUAUGCGUUGGCCAUUGUUUUCYUGAGUGAGUACAGGGAAGCGAAAGGGGGAAAAUAACCAGUGCYCCAUUAUCAGCCAACAUGGUUUUGAUAAACGGGACUCGGCAAUUUUACUCUGUCAAACAGCCCAUAUUGGGAAAACAAUCUAGUUUGUCAACUGAGGUUAGAACUGUUAAAAAUAUCUUUCUUUGGUUUAUAGAGAUUAUCAUCCUUGUUUAUAAAGCCUCAACCAAACGUCUAGGGAAAAAUAUUKAUUAUUUYAUUUGUCAAGCUGAAACAUUYCACUUUUGCUUUCUCAACCUUUAGAAUUUUAAUUCUUUUUUUCUUUCAUCUCAGGUUUAAAUCAUCAGGACUUUUAUCUAACUAGGAUCCUGACGAUUUCCAGCUUCUCUCCUGACCUUCUUCCAUCCAAACACACACCGAUAAGUGGGCAAUCAUGAACUGGGGUUCUCUACAGGCUCUUCUGAGUGGAGUUAACCAAUACUCCACUGUGUUUGGCCGGGUCUGGCUUUCUAUGGUGUUUGUCUUCCGGGUCUUGGUGUUUGUGGUAGCAGCUCAGCGGGUGUGGGCAGAUGAAAGCAAAGAUUUUGUGUGCAACACUUGGCAGCCAGGCUGCACCAAUGUCUGUUACGACAGUAUCUUCCCCAUCUCUCACAUCCGCCUGUGGGCCCUGCAACUCAUCUUCGUCACCUGCCCAUCGCUCAUGGUCGUCGGUCACGUCAAGUACAGGGAGAAGAAGGACAUGGAGUACACUACCUCCCACAAGGGGAAGCACUUGUAUGCCCGCCCUGGAAAGAAACGUGGAGGCCUGUGGUGGACUUACCUGGUGAGUUUGGUCUUCAAGGCGGGCUUCGAUGCCGGUUUCCUCUAUAUCUUGCAUUACAUCUACAAGGGUUACGACAUGCCCCGCCUGACCAAGUGCACACUGCCACCUUGCCCCAACACAGUGGACUGCUACAUAUCCCGGCCCACGGAGAAAAAGAUCUUCACGCUCUUCAUGGUGGUCUCCUCAGCUGUCUGCAUCUUAAUGUGCAUCUGUGAAAUGAUUUACCUAAUCUUCAAACGUAUCAAA